GGAGACCAAGGACGCGACUUCUCCUCAGGAGAGGGCGGAGCUUUGGAGUGAGAUCCAGGAGGUCAAACCCCCAAAAGAAAACUAGGAGCCUAUAUAAGGAUCAGGACCAAGGGAAGGGAAUCCUGUAAAAUGGGAGAUAGUUCCACAGACACAGAAAAAGAAGAGGAAGAGGAAGAGGAAGAGGAGGAUGAAAAAGUUCAAAAAGACCUCACCUAUGCCAUAGUGCCCACAAUUAACAUUCAAGAUGAGCGGUUCGUGGAUUUGUCUGAAACUCCAGCUUUCAUUUGUCUGAAUGAGUUACAUGCCAUGGGAAAAAUUCCUGGAACCAGAAUGGCAGAAUUAAAAGCCAAGUACACCUUGCUGCAUGACACCGUGAUGAGCACCCAAGAGUCAGAGGUCCAGCUGCUACAGAAUGCCAAAAAUUUUACUGAGCAAAUACAACAGCAGCAGUUUCACCUGCAGCAAGCUGAUAGUUUCCCAGACGCAUUCUCCACUGAGGUCUCCAAGAUGAGAGAACAGCUGCUCAAGUAUCAAAAUGAAUAUAACGCAGUGAAGGAAAGAGAGUACCAUAAUCAGUACAGACUAAACAGUUUAAGAGAAGAAAAGGACCUCAUGUUAAAGGAAUUUGAGAAGAUACCUAAGCCAGGAGAAAUGGAGAAGAAGAUGAGAAUACUCAGAGACAGCACUGAAGAAUUACGUAAAGAAAUAAUGCAGAAAAAAUUAGAAAUUAAAAAUUUGCGGGAAGAUUUGACAUUUAAGCAAAAGCAAUUAGUAAAGGAACAGAAGGAACUAGAAGAAUUGCUGGAACACCAGGUUGUCCUAAAGGAUGAAGUGGUCUACCAUCAAACUGUUCCUGUACAGAUUGUAAAAGAGAUUGAAAAAAUGGCACGCAGAAAAGUAGAAAUGGAAAAGAUAAAUAUUAUCUUGGAACUUGAAGUCAGAGAGCUAAACGACUCCCUAAAGAAAAUUGAAAACAAAAUUAGUGCUGUAGUAGAAGAGAAGGAGGAUGUAAUGAAGGAAGUUGAAGGCAAAAGAACCUUGCUUGAAGUCAAAGAACGAGAAUAUAACCAACUAGUCAAGCUAUUGGAAUUAGCCAGAGAGAAUGAAGCCACUUCGCUAAGUGAAAAAGGGAUCUUAGAUCUCAAUAUACGAAACAAUGUCAUCGACAAGCAGAACUACCAUGAUGAGUUUUCUCACAAGCAAAGAGAGAAGGAGCGAGAUAUUCGAAAUUUAAAAAAGAUGGAGAUGCUCUUGAAAGUGUCCUCAGAUUCACUUACUCAAACUCAAGCCAUGUAUAAAAGGCUUCAAUUAGAGAUUGAAGCAAUCCCUAAAGAUGAUUCUGUAUUACCUGAGAGAAGGAAAGAACUCCACAGGGAAGUUGAAGUAGCUAAGAGGAAUUUGGUCCAACAGAAAGUUCUAUCAGAAGCUGAGUUAAAGUUGGUAGAAAAGCAAGUUAUAGAAGAAAACAAGCUUUUAAAGGAGCAAGAACACUUCCGAGAACUGCUGUUCCACCUUAUCCGUAUGACACAAAUCAAAAUUGAUGAAAAGGACCAAAAGUCCAAGGAUUUCCUGAAAGCUCAGCAAAAAUAUAACAACAUUGUUAAAGAAAUCAAAGCAAAGGAUCUUGAAAUCAGAAUAUACAGGAAGAAAAAACGUGAAAUUUAUCGAAGGCUCAGAGAGUUUGCAAAGUUGUAUGACACAAUUCGAAAUGAAAGAAACAAGUUUGUUAACCUACUUCAUAAAGCUCACCAGAAAGUAAAUGAAAUAAAAGAAAGGCAUAAAAUGUCAUUAAAUGAACUGGAAAUUUUAAGAAAUAGUGCCAUUACUCAGGACAGAAAGCUACAAAAUUCUGUGUUGAAACAUGCCAACAACGUUACUAUCAGAGAGAGCAUGCAAAACGAUGUGUGCAAAAUCUUAUCAAAACUUCAAGAAAUGAAAGAGAAGAAGGAAACCCAGCUAACCAGCAUGGACAGACUUGCCAAUACGAUCACAACGAUAGAAGAGGAGAUGGUGCGACUCCGCAAAAAGUAUGAGAAGGCUGUGCAGAGGCGAAAUGAAAGUGGUGUUCAGCUGAUUGAGCGAGAAGAAGAAGUGUGCAUUUUUUAUGAAAAAAUAAAUAUCCAAGAGAAGUUGAAACUAAAUGGGGAAACUGAAAUACAUGUCCUGGAAGAAAAAAUCCGAUUCCUAAAACUGAAGAUAGCCGAGAAGCAAAGACAGAUUAGCGUGACAAAGAAGUUACUGCCAGUCAAGAGUGCCUUGGAUGCAGAUCUUGCGGUGCUCCAGAUUCAGUUUGCACAGUGUACAGACAGAAUAAGAGACCUGGAGAAACAGUUUAUAAAUCCUGGGGAUAAAAACAGAAUCCGUCUCCUUCGAGGGAAGGACCUCACAGAAGCAGAAAUUAUCAAAAAAUUAGAUGAGCUGGAACUACAGUUGGCCAAGAAGGAGGAGAAGUUACUAGAGAAGGAUUUCAUCUUCGAACAGGUCUCCCGACUUACAGACAGGCUCUGCAGCAAAACUGAGGCCUGCAAACAGGACACGCUGCUCUUAGCCAAGAAGAUGAAUGGCUAUCAGAAAAGGAUCAAAGAUGUUACUGAAAAAAUGAUGGCUCUUGUUGCUGAGCUGUCCAUGAAACAAGCCCUGACCAUUGAACUCCAGAAGGAAGUCAAAGAGAAAGAAGAAUUCAUCUUUUAUUGCAAUUCUAGGUUAGAAAAAGGUCUGCCACUCAAUAAAGACAUUGAGAGAGAAUGGAUGAAAGUACUUCGAGAUGAACAAAUGUAUGAAAUGGCCCUCGCUGAAAAGUUUCGGGAGUUGCGAGAAAGAGAUAAUCAACUGCUGCCCAAUAGUGUUUACACAUCAGCGGAGCAGCGUCCAAAUGCCUACAUUCCGGAAGCAGACGCCACUCUUCCUGUGCCAAAGCCAUAUGGUGCUCUGGCUCCUUUUAAGCCCAGUGAACCUGGAGCCAAUAUGAGGCAUAUAAGGAAACCUGUUAUAAAGCCAAUUGAAAUUUGAAUGUGUAGACCAAUCCAGGAUUCCUCAUUUCUACAGCCAGAGCACGUGAGCAUCAUCAUUCUCACACUGCAGAUCAAUGAAGCUCAACCAGCAACAGUACAACUUGGUUCUUUUUACACUAACCAACUUCUGUGUUUCACAUGAUGUUGAGAAAGACACAGAAUUGCCCCACACUUCAAAGCAAAUAUUUUAAUUACUCGUGUAUUUUUCAUUCUUCAUAGUUUCAGAAAUAUGUAGUAGGCAAGU